AUGCUCUCAAUUGUUGCUGCAGUGAAGGCACCCCGCACGCACAACCGUCGCCGCGUGACCGGAUCCAGCGGGAGGAGGAGGGAAGGAAAAAAGGGCGAGCCGCAGAGGCCCAACAUGUCCCGGCAUGUGUUUGCUUUCGCGGGGCUGCUCCUCGUUGUGAUGAUGUGCUGCUGCACCUGUGGAGCUGCGGCCGCUGAUGGAAGUAGUGGGG